AUGGUGAGAAAGCUCAAGGAUGGGCAGAUAACUAGCUCUGCGGUGUCAGAGUCAGAUGAAAAGCUGGUAAUAUCUCUGGACUUCGGAACCACAUACUCUGGCGUUGCAUUUUGUUUUGCGAAUCAGGACAACGCAAAGCCAGCGGCAAUCAUGGACUGGCCAGGAAAUCAUGGGAUAUCCGUACCAAAAAUUCCUACCCUCAUUGCCUAUGACAAACAACAACCCGGUGUUUUCAAAUGGGGAGCAUCUGUUGAAGAACUCGACACUGGUAUUAUUGGUAUCAAGCUCCUCCUUGACCCAGAGCAGGAGAGACCAAUGUAUCUGCCUUCCACAAAUACUAAAAGAGACAUAAGGAUGCUUCCCAAGCAACCUGUGCAAGUCGCUGCAGAUUUUAUGAGAGCAAUUUACAAGCAUGCCUUGGACGAGAUUUCCAAGACUGUGCCCAAGGCAUAUAUGGAUCUAUGCUCCAAACAAUUUGUGCUUUCUGUCCCAGCUGUUUGGUCGGAUGCUGCCAAAAAUGCCACGCUGCUAGCCGCAAAACAAGCUGGGAUCCACCCUGUAACGCUUAUCAAAGAACCUGAGGCGGCCGCAUUAUAUACUGUGAAGACGCUAGAUUUCUCCAUUAAAAAGGGUGAUGCGUUUGUAGUUUGCGAUGCUGGAGGCGGCACAGUCGACCUUAUCUCAUACGAGGUGCACCAGGUCGUACCGAAUCUGCAAGUGAAAGAACUAGUUCCAGGGACGGGAGGAAUGGCUGGGUCUAUGGGUCUGAAUCAGCGUUUUGCUCAAGCAGUGCAAAACCUCAUUGGCGAUGAGCAGUGGUUCCCUUUGAAGAAGAGUAAGGCUUGGGCUAUUGCCCAGAGGCAGUUUGAUCAGGAGGUCAAGAGAGCCUUCAGAGGCGAUCCUGACGAAGAAUAUUUUGUCAACUUCCCCAUGGCUGCUCUUGAAGACGAUCCACAAAACGGCCUGGUAUCCAACACCUGGAGGAUGACGGGGCAAGUAGUAUCUCAAGACGUUUUGAGGCUGAUAGAGUUCCAAGUGCAAGCGUCAAAGCUCAAACGCCUUGGCACCGGUGUUUCAGGAAUCAUGCUGGUUGGUGGUUUCGGCAGCAGUCGUUACCUCAUGCUACGUGCCCGGAGCCGUUUCCCAGAUAUUCAAGUUCUUCAGCCACAAGACGCAUGGGCUGCUAUUGCGAAGCAAGUUCCCCACCGAGCGAAGGUGUAG